AUGAACUUGCAAGCCGGAGCCAACCCAUUUAUUGAGCCAGGCCAGCCUCAUGCUGCCCAGAGCGACAAUGCCCGAUCACCAAGCCCAGAAGAGACACCUGACAUCACGCCGCUGUGUAAGCUCACCGCCGAAGAAGCCGAGCAUGACUAUCAGAAGCAGCUCACUCUCCUGGCCGAGCAAACCGCCCAUCACGAUGCUCGAAAAGCUAGCGAGCCUUCCUUGGAUGAACCAACCCAGCAGAUCAGACUUCUCGAAUCGCAGGUCGAGCGGCAGAGAGAGGUGCUAGGGGACAGCGACCCCGAAACCCUGGAAGCGUAUCACGAGCUCUCUCUCGAAUAUCAAUUCAAUGGACAAUUGGAAAAAGCAGAGGAACUACAACGGAGGAUCAUCGACACCAGAAGUAGACACCUGGGCGAGUCACACCCCGACACUUUGCGCAGUCUGCUCUAUCUGACUCCCAUUCUCUAUGCGAAAGGAGAGGAGGAGGCGGCCGAUCAACUGCAACUUUAUGUCCUGGCCACGAGGGAACGCGUACUUGGCCAAAGCCAUGCUGAUACCAUCGAGAGCGUGGAGCAGCUGGCCGUUACCUACGAAAAUGAAAAGCAAUGGGAUGAGGCCCUGCCGUUGUAUACGAGAGUUCAAGAAGCAAACUCAAUUACUUAUGGCCCAGACCAUUGUUCCACUUUGGAGGCCUCCUGUGCUGUUGCGCGUAUGCACAGGUUCCGGGGUCAUGUACAGGAGGCGUGGCAACUGCAAGAUGCCGCUUAUCAAAGAAGCAUGAGGAAUCAUGGGCCUGAACAUGACUGUACUCAAGUCUGCGUGGCAGAACUAGUCCAAAUCGUAAAUGCGCAAGGCAACAAGGAAAAGGCGAGGAAACUGCAGCAGGGUGUUGUGAAUUACUAUGUGGCCAAGCUCGGCCGAGAUCAUCCAUGGACAAUGGAGGCUUUCGAGGAUAUGGAAAAGCUGAAGAGCAGUUAG